UCUCCGAGUUCGUUCUGUAAACAUGGGUAGCACUGUAGAAUGUCAAUGAAUACGUUAUUAUCAACAAAAUUUAAUUUCUUUCGAGGUAGGCUGGUUUGUAGAGGCAGAUAUGUAACAAUGUCAGUGGUAAUCACACACUGUGGAACCUUUGUUCGUUUCUUCGCUAGUGUCACGGAGCCGACUGGUUGACAGCGAAUUUUCCGCUGAGCGAAAUCACUAUCGAGCAAGCCUGUCGGGUUAGCUAGCUAGCCAGCCAUGCUAGUUUAUCUCGCUAGAUAUAUAAAUUCACCCAGAUUCGCUUAACAAUUUUAGCCAGUGGACUAGAACAGUAGGUAAGAUUUCAUGACCUCGUCAAAUUGAGAAACUCGAUGUUUCGUUGGUGGUGAUGGAGAGAUCGACAGCCAGCUAACCUAGCUAGCUGGCUAACCUGAUGACAUUUCCACCGUAGCUAGCAGCUACACAUCGACACAGAAUUUGUCACGUUAUGUCAUACGUAGCUAGCUCGGUAUCGCUGCCUUUGGCUAGGAGGCUUGGGUACGAUCAAGGAGGACUGUAGCCAAGUUCGCAGACUGUCAGUAGGCAAGGUUAUUCAUACCUGAAUAACAAGCACGCUAUCCAGGAGAUAGCUGGGAUAUCUAACUAGUAAUUUCUCUCAGUCCAGACAGAGCCGGUCCGGACACAGCGAGUAAUCUCCCGCGGCGUAUAGGUGUGAUGUGCGUGCGCUGUACUGCAGUUGACUGUUAAGUCCGCCUGCACGGGAGGAUGAAUGCUGAGGAGGUGGAGCUGCUCGGGGACUCUAAAUACAGGAACUAUGUGGCGGCUGUGGACAAGGCCCUGAAGAACUUUGAGUACUCCAGUGAAUGGGCGGAUCUGAUCUCUGCACUUGGCAAGCUCAACAAGGUGUUGCAAAACAAUGCCAAGUACCAGGUUGUGCCCAAGAAGCUUACGAUCGGCAAGCGUCUGGCCCAGUGCCUUCACCCAGCACUACCCAGCGGUGUCCACCGCAAGGCCCUGGAGACCUAUGAGAUCAUCUUCAAGAUCAUUGGUCACAAACGACUGGCUAAAGAUUUGUUCCUUUACAGCUCCGGGCUCUUCCCCCUGCUUUCCAAUGCUGCCAUGUCGGUCAAGCCUGUCCUCCUGGGCCUGUAUGAGACCUACUACCUGCCCCUGGGGAAGACCCUGAAGCCAGGCCUUCAGGGGCUUUUGACAGGCGUCCUGCCUGGCCUCGAGGAGGGAUCUGAGUACUAUGACAGGACCAACACCCUGCUGGAGAAGGUGGCAUCGGCAGUGGAGCAACUGGCGUUCUACAGCGCCCUCUGGGGGAGCAUCCUGACCAGCCCGGCCGUGAGGCUGCCCGGGGUCAGCUUCGUCCUGCUGCACCUCAACCGCAAGCUCUCCAUGGAGGACCAGCUCUACGUCAUGGGCAGUGACAUCGCUCUCAUGGUGGAGGCCGUCAGCACAUCCGUACAGGACUCCAGUGUUCUGGUCCAGAGAAGUACACUCGACCUCAUCCUCUUCUGUUUCCCUUUUCACAUGAGUCAGGCCACUCGUCCAGAUAUGAUCAGAAUGCUGUCUGCAGCACUGCACGUGGUGCUGAGGAGAGACAUGUCCCUGAACCGCAGGCUUUAUGCUUGGCUGCUGGGCCCUCGCAACACUCGCCUGAGCAACCCAGAGGAGCAUGCCUCCCACUACUUCAACACCUACUCCAAGGACAUGCUGGUGCAGGCCAUGGUGGGGAUCCUGCAAGGUAGAGUGCGGGGUGGGGAAGAGGAGAGUGCCCUCAUGCAUGAGCUGAAGCCCUUCCGCAUCCUCAUCAGCCUGCUGGACAAGCCUGAGCUUGGUCCGGCGAUCCUGGAGGACGUUCUCAUUGAGGUGUUUCGAACCCUGCACACACAGUGCUGUGCCGAACUGGACCUGCCGCACCAGAACCCCUUCAGCAAGGACCAGACCCACUUGAGCAGCAAACUCAGAGAGAACAAGAAAACAGCUGAGCUCAUCAAAACGGCCAACCUCUUGUUCAACUCAUUUGAGCCAUACUACAUGUGGGAUUAUAUUGCACGCUGGUUCGAGGAGGCCUGCAGGCGGGCCCAGAGCUGUUCUGAGCCUUCGGCACUUUCUCUGGUUGAAUUCUGUCAGCUGGUUGACUUUCUGUUGGACAUCGUGUCUCUGCCCACUAGAAGUAUGAGAGUUAUCUGCCAGGAGACGUAUAUAGAGAUCCAGACAGAGCACCUGCCCCAGCUCUUGCUGAGGAUGGUGUGCGCCCUGACGGCCCACCUACAGGCCUUGUGUCUGGGGGAGAUCACACACUGCCUGCGCCUCUGCUCCAAGAUCCUCGGCAAGGUGCAGCCGCCAUUGGUCUCCCCACUCGGCCUCCCCUCUAACAGCACACCCACGAUACUGCGGGACCCAGAGGGCCGGCAGGCGCUGGACCUCCCAGCCAAUGAGGAUGUGUUUGAGGCCAGGGAGAACCCCGCCAGCUUCAGCGAAUUCGUCCAGUACCAGGCACAGCACGGGGAGCCGGCCGACCCGCCGCAGCUGCCCGAUGGCGAGGAUGGUGCUCCGGUCAGUUCCAAGCCCAAAGCAGGUGCCGGCUCCGUCACCCACAGCAAGCCGCAGGACAAACCAGUGAUGCAGUGCUGCCUGGAGCAUUUCCAGCAGUUCCUGUGCGGCCUGGUGAAGCUGUACAUCACCCCGGCUCAGGACGAGGGAGAGAGGGCAUCCGGGACACGGACGUCGGGCCGAGUGGGGUGCAGCAGCCGGGAGGAAGAGCCAGGUCCUGAAGAGAGGGAGGGUGUAGCCGAGCAGAGGGGGUGUUUGGCUGCAUUCACCGCCGCCUGCCAGCUCUUUCUAGAGUGUUCAAGUUUCCCUGUUUAUGUUGCCGAUGGCAACCUGAAGUCCUCUCCAAAAAGGGAGGAGCAAGAAGAAGGUGAGAGUGUACUUCCACCAGAAUGGCUGCUGGCCCUGAUGGACGCCUGCUGCUUGGCCACAGACUUCAGCAUCCAGGCCGUGGCAAUCUCUCUGGUCAUGGACCUGGUGGGCCUCACACAGUCUGUCGCUAUGGUGACCGCUGAGCGUGUGAGCAGCCCCGACUCUACCCAGCCAAUGAGCCCCAGCCAAGGGCGUGUUGCUGUGGUGAUCAGACCACCACUCACUCAGGGCAUCCUGAAAUACAUCGCUGAGAAAACAGAUUUCUUUAAGAGCGUCGCCCUGAUCCUUUGGGAGCAGCUGGGCGAGUCGAGUCCUCAGCACCAGCAGCGCAGCGUGGAGCUCUUCUACCAACUCCACAACCUGGUGCCCUCCUCCAGCAUCUGUGAGGACGUCAUCAGCCAGCAGCUCAUGCACCGCGACAAGAGGAUCCGCCUGGAGGCUCAUGUGAAAUUCUCUGUUCUGUGGCAUCUGACCAGAGACCUAAACAUCACCAAGUCCUCCCCUUUUAGGCGGACUUUUGACAGGUCUCUCUUCAUCAUGCUGGACAGUCUGAGCUUCUGGGACGGAGCGGCGAGCGCGGUGGGCCGGGCUUGGCUGAACCAGGUGCUGCAGAGACAUGACAUUGCCCGCGUUCUGGAACCCCUGCUGCUACUGCUGCUACACCCUAAAACCCACCGCGUGUCCAUCCAACGCGUGCAGGCGCAGCGCCACUGGGCUCAGGCCUUCCCCAGCGAAGUCCUAGCCGAGCCCACUCAUCCCGCCGGCACUGGGGAUGCAGAUGCUUCUGAUGAGUAUGGUCAAAUGUCGAGGGACAGUUUGCAAGGAGCACAGGGCAGAGGACUUCCUCCGGAUGAUAUGGAACCCUUCAGCUUGACAGUCAACCCUUUGAGUGACAGCCUGUCACUGCUGAGCGUUAGCAGCGAGAACCUGCAGCUCUGUGGAGAAUAUCAACCUCCAGAUCACCAGGGGGAGCCCCAGAGCUCCGAGUCCUCCACCGGCUCCCAGACCUCCACUGUAGAUAAUGGCAGCUUCGAUGAGCUGGAGGGGAGCGGUAGCACUGUGAACCUGUCCGACGACCCUGCGGCACAGGUCGACGCUCUGGAGGAAGAGGCCAUCCACGAGGUGGCUUCUGCAGUGCUUGCCGAGCUGCUAGACAGGGUGGUGCAGUUGGUGGAGGAAGCUUCAGCUGGGACACCCUCGCCCCCAGAGCUGUGGCCUCAGAUAGACUCGGACAGCUCCAACUCCUCCGACGCGUCCGUGGAAGCACAGGUCAUCCUGGGCCCGUUCCCUUGUAGCCCGCCUCGAACUCUGCCCGAGCUGGUGGCCGGCAGCACUCUGGAGUUCCUCUCUGUGACCCCAGGCGGCGAGUUGCGCGAGGGCAUGACGCGCCACAGCUCCUCGCCCUCCAUCGUCACGCUCCCGGACGGCAGUGGAGGCGACCCGGGCGGCGGGCCGGAGCCGGGCUUGUGUCCAGACGAUGCGCACGCCCGCAAACGCAGCCACAGCAGCACCCAGCUCAGCCUGAAGGGCAAGAUCAUGGAGCGGCUGGCUGAAAAGUCCCCCGGCGCCAAACCCAAGGUGAAGAAGGCCAAGCGGAAGGAGGAGGAGCGGCGGAGAGCCGGCCAGGCGGAGAAGAGCCGCCCGCCCAGCAUCUUCUUCGGCGACAGCCUGGACCUGGAGAACUGGUACAGCUGCGGUGAAGGCGAGGUGUCUGAGAUCGAGAGCGAGGCGGGCUCGCCCGGCGCCACGCAUUCCUCUGCGUCCUCGGCCCGCUUCGACGUCCACCCGCUCUACCAGCACGUGCUGCUCUACCUGCAGCUCUACGACUCCUCGCGCGCGCUCCACGCGCUGUCAGCCGUGGCAGCCAUGCUGCGCGCGGCGCCAGCCGCCUUCGUGGGCGCCAUCUCCACCACCAGCGUCAACAACACGUACACGCCGCAGCUAUCGCUGCUGCAGAACCUGCUGGCCCGCCACCGCAUCUCCGUCAUGGGCAAGGACUUCUACUGCCCUAUCCCGCAGGACUCGCACCCGCACUCCUUCCGCAGCGCCAUGUACCUGGAGAUCAUCAUCUCGCUCUGCCUGUACUUCCUACGGAGCUACUACUCUGUGCACGUGCCGGCAACGCUGCAGGACCUGGCGGGCAACCGCGCCAUGCAGCUGACCGGCGUGGAGGUGCUGACGCUGCUGUUUGGCGAGCUGGCCAAGGCGACCGGUGGCUCGGCCAAGGGCUUUGCCAGCUUCAUCAGCGACGUGCUGUCCAAGUGCAAGGUGCAGAAGGUGGUGCUGCACUGCCUGCUCUCUUCCAUCUUCAGUACGCAGAAGUGGCACGAGCAGGGCGCGCGUGGCGUCAACCUGCCUGCCGUGGAGGAGGGCCUGUCCGAGGACAGCAUCAUCGACCUGUCCGAGGACCAGCUGGACGACUGUGCCGCUGUCCAGUCGCAGCUGCUGCGUCUGUUGCAGAGCCUGGUGGUGCUCGAGCACCACGUGCUGGUCCCCGGCGACGAGGGCGGGGAGGCGGGAUCGGGGGCGGGACCUGCGGGGGGCGGGGCCGGCGGCGGGGGUGCAGGCGGCGGCUUCGAACUGCUAGGCGGCGAGGUGGAACACAUGAACCCGCAGCAACCAAUGGCCUCGCUGCAGUACCUGCACGGGCAGCCCAUCACGGCGCAGGGCAUGUUCCUCUGCGCGGUGAUCCGCGCGCUACACCAGCGCCACGCCUGUAAGAUGCACCCGCAGUGGAUCGGCCUCGUCACAGCCACGCUGCCCUACAUGGGCAGAGUGCUCCGCCGCGUGGUAGCCUCGGUCACUCUGCAGCUCUGCAGGAACCUGGACAACCUCAUCCAGCAGUACCGCUACGAGACCAGCCUCACAGACACCAGGCCCCAGUGGAUGGCUCUGUGCAUCCCUCCUGACUUGAUUCUCACUGUCCUGGAAGGAGUGACGGCCAUCAUCCACUACUGUCUGCUGGAUCCAUCGUCACAGUACCACCAGCUCCAGGUGAGCGUGGAUCAGAAGCACCUGGCGGAGGCGCGCUCGGGCAUCCUGUCCAUCCUGCACACCAUCAUGUCCUCGGUCACGCUGCUCUGGACUGUGCUGUACCUGGCUGACAGCUCCGACAGACCUGCUGCUGCAGCCUGCUCCAGCUCCAACAUCAAUCUGGGCUCCACCAAGAACCUCCGGCAGCAGAUCCUGGAACUGCUGGGGCCCAUUUCCAUGAACCACGGGGCCCACUUUAUGGCUGCCAUAGCUUAUGUCUGGAAUGAGAGGAAGCAGAUCAAAGGACCCGCCAGGAACAAGGUGAUACCCACAGCCAGUGAGGAGCAGCUCCUCCUGGUGGACCUGGUCAGGUCGGUGAAUGCCAUGCGCACAGAGACCGUCAUGCAGACAGUGAAGGAAGUGCUCAAGCAGCCGCCGGCCAUCGCCAAAGAGAAGAAGCACCUGUCCCUGGAAGUCUGCAUGCUCCAGUUUUUCUAUGCCUAUGUGCAGAGAAUCCCAGUCUCCAACCUGGUGGACAGUUGGCCCUCACUGCUGGCCUUGCUGAAGGACUCGGUGCAGCUGGGCUUGCCUGCUCCAGGACAGUUCCUCGUCCUCGGUGUUCUCAAUGAGUUUAUCCUGAAGAAUCCCACCCUGGAGAGCAAGAAAGACCAGCGGGAGCUGCAGGAUGUGACCCAUAAGAUUGUGGAGGCCAUUGGCACGAUAGCAGGAUCCUCUCUGGAACAGACCACUUGGCUGAGGAGGAACCUGGAAGUCAAGCCCUCACCUCAGAUUGUGGUAGACGGAGCCACUCUGGAGGCAGAUGUGGAAGAUCUAAUGCUCACUGUGAUGGAAGCUUCCAAUUUCACCCCCUCAGUGUACAGUGUUCACGCUCUCACACUGUUAGCAGAGGUGCUGGCUCACCUGUUGGACAUGGUGUUCUACAGUGAUGAGAAGGAGAGAGUGAUUCCCCUGCUGAUCAACAUCAUGCACUACGUGGUGCCUUACCUCCGCAACCACAGCGCCCAUAAUGCUCCCAGCUAUCGCGCUUGUAUCCAGCUGCUGAGCAGUCUGAGUGGUUAUCAGUACACCCGCCGGGCUUGGAAGAAAGAAGCCUUUGACCUCUUCAUGGACCACACCUUCUUUCAAAUGGACUCAUCUUGCGUCAGCCACUGGAGAGCCAUCAUUGACCACCUAAUGACCCACGACAAGACCACAUUUAGAGAUCUGAUGACACGAGUGGCAGUAGCACAGAGCAGCUCUUUGAGCCUGUUCACCAAUCGGGAUGCAGAGCUGGAACAGAGGGCAAUGCUGCUAAAACGCCUUGCAUUCACCAUUUACAGCAGCGAGGUGGACCAGUACCAGAAAUACCUUCCAGAUAUCCAAGAGCGGCUCGUGGAGAGUCUGCGUCUUCCUCAGGUGCCGAUCCUGCAUGCUCAGGUGUUCCUGUUCUUCAGAGUGUUGUUAUUGCGCGUGUCUCCACAGCACCUCACCUCUCUGUGGCCUACCAUGAUUACAGAGCUGGUCCAGGUGUUCCUACUGAUGGAGCAGGAGCUCACUGCAGAUGAGGACAUCACUAGAAUAUCAGGACCCUCUGUGGCAGGGCUGGAGACCACGUACUCAGGGGGCAACGGCUUCUCUACCUCCUACAACAGCCAGCGCUGGCUCAACCUCUACCUGUCUGCCUGCAAGCUCCUGGACCUGGCCCUGACCCUGCCCUCCGAGAGCCUGCCGCAGUUCCAGAUGUAUCGCUGGGCGUUCAUCCCGGAAGCCUCGGAUGACUCGGGCCUGGAGGUGCGACGGCAGGGGACGCACCAGAGAGAGUUCAAACCAUACGUGGUCCGCCUGGCCAAGCUGCUGAGGAAGAGAGCAAAGAAGAACCUGGAGGAGGAGGGCUCAGGGCGCGUUCCAGCCUGGGAGCCGGGACGACUCAUGCUGACAUUGAAUGGGAUCCGGAGCAUGGAGCAGCUGCUGCCCUUCUUCACACUCCUCAGCCAGGUGUUCAGCAGCAAGGCCAGCGUCCGCUUGGGCCCCAGCCAGGGCCUCUGGCCCGCCGCGCCCAAGCCCUGCAAACCCGAGGGCCAGAAAGCACUGUGGAGCCAGGCCCGGCAGCACAUCGAAGAGAUGGUGGAGAAGGACUUCCUGGAAGGGCUCAUUAAAACAUGACUGCGUGCAGAGAAAAGAACAAAACAAACACACUGAACUGUGGGGGGAAAAAAGCACUAACACCUCAACUUUUAAAUGAAAGAAAUACGAGGGAUCAACUAUUACAAAAAGUUUGUAAAUGGUUUUGUUUUUCUAUUUAUAAUUAAUGUAUUUUUCCCCCAAAUGUUAUUUAAUUUAAAGACUUUUAUUUGUAUUUAGAGGGCAGCUGUGAUUGCACUGAUUAGUAUAAGCCCUCUGAAUAAUGUGAAUAUUCUUUGCCAUUCCAUGUUGCUGUUUAACGUAAUAAAGAGACAUAUUUAAAAAUGUAAAGAAUAUUUCUGAGAGAACACGUCGGCAAACGGGCGGCAUGCCUGUAGCAGACCUCAGGAUGUUGCGCUUUACCAACCAGACUUGCACUAAACUUUUAUUUCUUUAAUUAUAAAUUUAUCACACUUUAAACUGUCAACAUCAACAAAUCAUCUUGAAACCAUAAAACACAGAGUAGACUGCUUCGCUCUCAAAAUGCAGAAAGGAAGCUUUGAGCAUUUACUGACCUGUUGAAAUAAAGAACAGCUUUGAUAAACCGGUA